AUGGUCCUCCCUCUGACGCUCUCGUUAAUAACAAUUGGAGUUCUCUGCGGAUUUGUUGCGCUUUUCUUGUACCACUGGAAAAGAUUACGUUUAUACAGAGCUGCCGCAAAAUUUCCUGGACCGCCGGCAUAUCCAAUUAUAGGAAACUCGCUCAUCUUUAUAGGAAGUACUGCAGAUAUCUUCAAGAAGAUCAUCGAGCUUCUGGACGCUUAUCCUUCGCCGUUUCGAGCUUGGCUAGGAGGUCGUCUUUUCUUCGCAGUUCACGAUCCCGACCAAGCGAAGGCAAUUUUUCUAAGUCCGAAAACUCUUGAAAAGGAGGACCUCUACAAAUUCGCUCGUCCUUGGCUGGGCACCGGAAUAUUUACAGCUCCAGUUACAAAAUGGCGUAUCCACCGAAAGCUGAUCAUGCCCACAUUCAAUCAAAAAAUAUUGGAGUCCUUUGUCGACAUUUUUGCAAAUCAAUCGAUGAUAAUGGUCCGCGAGAUGGAGGUCGAAGUAGACGGCAAGGAGUUCGGCAUAUUUAAAUAUGUAUCUCUUUGCACUUUAGAUAUUAUAUGCGAAACUGCUAUGGGGAUAUCGAUGAAGGCACAAACUGACAAUGACUGCGUCUAUGUGGAUUCGGCUACCAGAAUGUUCGAGCUGAUCUUAACAAGAAUGUUCAAAAUCUGGUUGCAUCCCGAUAUUAUUUUCAAAUUCACACGUUUGGCAAAAGAACAACGACAAUGUAUUAAGUACUUGCACAACGUAACUAACAAUGUGAUUCAAAAGAAGAAAGCUGCCUUGAGCGGAACCGAAGACAGCCAAGAUAAUAACAAGGAAAAUACACAGGAUGGAUUGCGUAGGAAGAUUUUUCUGGACAUGCUGAUGGAAUUGUCACACGAAGGGACUAAAUUUACAGAUGAAGAACUUCGCGAGGAAGUGGACACAAUGAUGAUUGCCGGUAACGACACGACGGCAACCGUAAAUUGUUUCGCCAUGUUAAUGUUGGCUAGCUUCCCCGAAGUGCAAGAAAAAGUUUAUCAAGAGUUACUGGACAUUUAUGGACCUGAUGAUAUAGAGACAGCACUCGUCAGAAAUGAAGAUCUGCAGCGAAUGGAGUAUCUUGAACGUGUUAUUAAAGAGACUUUAAGACUUUUUCCAGUCGGGCCAAUUCUUGUGAGACGGGUAACACAGGACUUUGAUAUUGGCGGCCAUAUUUUGCCUGAAGGAAGUUCAGUAGUGCUCGGAGUCAUCAAGCUGCAUCGAAAUGAGGAUUACUGGCCAGAUCCCUUCAAAUUUGACCCAGAUAGAUUUUUGCCAGAAGAAGUCGCCAAACGCCAUCCUUAUUGUUGGGUUCCAUUCAGUGCUGGACCCAGAAAUUGCCUAGGGCUAAAAUAUGCAAUGAUGGCAAUGAAGGCACUUUUGUCUACAGUACUCCGCAAUUAUAAACUGAUCAAGGACAAUCCCGUGCCAGUGAAGGACAUUCAACUGAAAUUAGAUGUUGUACUGAAAGCAGCUAAACCAGUCACAAUGAGAAUCGAAAGAAGAAAUCGUAAACAUCACACAAACUCAAAUAGAGAACUUUAAGGGAUCAAGGAUCGUUCAAAAGAAUAAACACACAUAUUCAUCUACGUUAACAUAUAUCGCAACUACAUAACAUUUAUCGCAAUAUUUUUUAUAGAACAUCAUAUACAAAGUUUCUGACUGAUAAUAUGAUAAAAGAAACAAGCUUACGUUAAACAAAUACCAAUUUACAACUUACACGUGCAUUUAACCUUUUUGUAACACGGUUAAUUCAUUUCAUGUUGUAUCGAAAUAGUGUUAAGCGAAACUUAAAAGUAGUACAAAUUAGGUGAAUACAUUAUAUGAAAACUGGAUUGUCAGGGUGCACUGAAAAAAAUCCAUGGAAAUUUACAUACAUUUUUACACCCUGUGUAACUGAAGUUUUACA